AUGCUGCUCUCAUCGAUGGACCACCUCGGCUAUUAUUCGAUGGCCAAAGACAAUAACUUCCUGGAACUUGACGCCUCUGCUGGCGUCGCCGGCACUGAUGGUUACACGCUCUCGCCUGAAGAGUUGGGUGUCGUAUCCUAUAUGAACGAGGAGAAUAGUCCCAAGAACGGCACUAAGUCUUCGCUCUACAAGACCGAGCUGUGCAAGCGCUUCUCGGAAUUUGGCAACUGUCGUUACGGAGGUGCGUCACGCUCCCCACGCAAAUUCGUUUUUGGAUUGUACCAACUUUUUUCUUUCGUUCUCUUAUUUACAGCCAAGUGCCAGUUCGCCCAUGGCAUCGCGGAGCUGCGCCACGUUGUUCGGCACCCCAAGUACAAAACUACUAAGUGCAAGUCGUACUGGGGCUCGGGACACUGUCCGUACGGUAGCCGAUGCCGUUUCAUUCACGAGGAAGCUGAGGGCUACGCUCAGCCGCAGUACAGUCCUUCAAGCCAUCUAGGUGGAGGCGUGUUUCACCAUGAGAAGGACCAGCUUGGUGGCCUCGGCGCAGGCGUCAUGACCCCACCUCCGCCGUCCGUGGACCUCAGCUACGGCGGCGGUCUUUAUGGCGAGCAGCCCACGCCACACCAUCUUCAUCAACUCCGUCCGCAUCACCACCAGAUGAUGCCUUCUUAUUCCAAAGACAAUUACUCGCUCUUGUCCUCGCUGAACAAGAGCUCCUCAUGGGGGGCGCCGGCUAUGAGCGCGCCCUCCUCUCUCCACCCUAAUUAUGCUGGUGAGCACUACGGCAGUGCUUCGCUGAAGCACCAGGGCACGCUCGGCAGCAUUGGGCUGCCCCCCGCCCAACAACGAGCUGUCUCGGUGAACAAAGCUGCCAAGAGCGCGUCAUCGCCGAGCUACCCAGACCUCCAAGAUGCCAUCGACGCAUUGAUGAAGUUUUCGCUCACCGCAGACGACGCGCCAAUCCCGGACACUGCUACCCCACCGGACACUACCCCGACCCAAGCAGGCCGUGGCCGCCGCGUCUCCUCUCCUUCUCUCGCUUCUACCUCAACUGCUACUGCCUCAAAGAAGACAGAGUUCUCCCUACAGUCUGCUAAGUUGUGGGAGGACUUCCCGUCCGCUUCAUCCGCUCCUUUUGCGGGCGACGACCUGCAAGCCCAGCCGUGGUCCACUGGACUGACGCUGAGCAUUGACAGCAAGCUAUUCGACGGCGUUGCUGCUGGUGGCGAAUCGAAGGACGCCUCUGGUGGAAGUUGCAGUAACGACGAGGAGAGCCCCCGCCUGAGUGUGUUCGAGCGCUUCCAUUAA